AGUGAGGUUCGCAGACGUACUUGUGAACUGUAUCAGCAGCAGCAGAAGCGGCGCCCGGUGAGCUCCGUCACGCACCAAUCCUUCCUUCGUCCCGGCUAUGACCACCUUCACAUUCAUUUGAGGCUCUAUCUUCUCAAUGUAUAUGGAUAUAUCAUUCCAUCGUGACCCCCGUUGGCGAACCUUCUGAGAACGCAGCCUCGUAAUAGCGUCGUGUUCCGUUGUGAUCAAUGGACAUUUAUGACGGUAUAUCCGAGUGAGCUCGAGCUCCACGCGAAUGCGGUAGCUCGAGUUACUUACCAUUGGAUGACUCGUCGUGUCGUGUGGGGCACUGGUGGCAGGUGUGCGGAGAAGGCGUGGUCUUCAAACACCUGCCCUCCUUUACGUGUCUGUGAAGAAGUGUCUGCGAAGCCAGGGAGGAAGACGCCGCAGUGUAUACAAAAUGCUGACUGUCCGCGUAGCAGGACCUCAUACGCUCUCCUCCUCCCACCUGACUCCACUGUGGCCAUAUCGCACAAGAACAUACCUACACAAUAUGCAGAGGUAUGCGGCGCCCAGUACGGUCGACUUGGUUGGCUCAAUGUCGUCUUCAGUCGCACUGUUCGAUACAUCGUCAUCGGCGCCGCCGCAGGCGCCGUAGUCCUGCCAAUCGCUCUCCCUGGCAUUCUCGGAGCAAUUGGUUUUACGGCGACGGGCGUGCUGCUAGGUUCUACCGCGGCUGCUAUACAAUCUGCGAUGGGCGCCUCUGUCCCUUCCGGCUGCCUCUUCGCGCAGGCUCAGUCGGCAGCAAUGGGCGGUAUUCCACUCUCGUGGAUUUUGUGUGCUAUUAUCGUUGGAGCUAUUAUCGGGGGUUUAUUGGGUGCAUUAGCCGCUUGGCUCGGGGACAUUCUGGCCCCUCACAUCGCUCAUAUGAUGCGUACGGCUCGAACGGCCUUGAGUCACGUUGCACGGGGAGUGAGAUACCUGGGGUUCAGGGUGAGAAGUUGGUUCUGAGACACUCUUGGCACCUGCGCAACCCGAGUCGCAAUCCGAGUCGGCCGGCCAGAGCUAAAGCAGCGGCUGAUUCGGAGGGCGGAGGAUGGCGGCCGUUGACGCCGC